UACAGGUGGUCACAUGGGGUGUGCAUUUUUUCAAUCAAUCAUAUCACAGAAUGGGGCCUGCAAGAUCGCAUCUUCUAUUCUAAUCAGGUUUUGAAAAAACCUAACAUAUUGCUUCGCUUCGCUCUGCAAAUAAAUAUACCUUCGGCCUCUCUUAUUAUUUAUAUUCAUGAUGGCAUCGAAGCCGUACAAUGUCGGCAUCAUCGGAUACGGCUUGAGCGCCAAGAUCUUCCAUAUCCCCUUCAUCAGCUCUCUGCCGGAAUUCAAUUUCUACGCCAUAGUGCAAAGAACGCCUAAAUCAGAUGAUGACGCUGAGAAGGACCAUCCAGGCAUCAAAAGCUAUAGAUCGGCGGAAGAGAUGGUCAAAGAUGCGGGAGUCGAUGUGGUGGUCGUGACGACUACUCCGGACACUCAUUUUGGCCUUGCUAAACUGGCAUUGGAAGCUGGAAAGCAUGUUAUCGUGGAGAAACCGUUUACGCCCACUCAUCAGGAAGCGGAUGAACUGGUCGCGAUAUCAGAGAAGCAAAAUCGCAUGAUUUCUGUAUAUCAAAACCGUAGGUGGGAUGCCGACUUUGUUACAGUCUCAAAACUGGUAAAAAGCGGCGCCCUUGGCCGAGUUGCUGAAUUUGAGACUCAUUUCGAUCGCCAUCGCCCUGAGAUGCCCGCGACUCGCAGCUGGAAAACUAACACGAUACCUGGAAGUAGCGCCCUAUAUGAUCUGGGGACUCAUCUUAUUGACCAGGUUGUCCAUUUGUUUGGUCUUCCAAAGAAAGUAACUGGCUUUAUUGGCUCCCAGAGGGAGAGCAAUGAGUCCGGGUAUGAAGAUUCGUUCACGCUGCUUCUCCACUACGAUCAUAUCUUAGCUACUGUAAAGGGAACGAUAAUCAGCCCUGAAGAGAAGCAGUUAAGAUUCUGGGUUCGGGGAGAUAAGGGCAGCUUUAAAAAGCACUAUCUGGAUAUCCAAGAAGAGCAACUGAAAACCGGACUUAGACCAGGAGACCAAGGUUAUGCCAAGGAGCCUAAUGAUAGAUACGGUAUCCUUACAAGCUACAAUAACGGUGCAUUGCAUAGCGAGGCAUUUCCCACUAUUGAGCCUCCCACAUAUGCAGAGUUCUACCGCAAAUUCGCAAAGGCGUUAGCCGGUAAAGGAGAUGUGCCAGUAAGCCCUUCACAGGCAAGCGAUGUCAUCCGGCUCGUCGAACUUGCCAGGGAAAGCUCCAAGUUGGGCAAAACAUUGGAUGUUUGACAUGCAUUCGAUUGCCGUUGCGUGGGUUACUGCUUCCACCUGCUUGACAUGUAGUGAGAUACGCAGGUGCCCGAAUUCAACAGGGUUCAAAGGUUCUCGAUGUAAGGUGAUCAAGGUGCUUUUCCGUCUCCAUGCUCGUUUUUAUCGCGAUAUUGUGAACUACGCUACUCUGUGACCCAAGGGUCGUCCUCCCUGGUUUAAGUAAAUAAACUUUCGCGUUCCCGAAUGGGGGCGAUCACAAAUUUGGGCCCAAACUUAAUGUGGUUGGGCGAUUGUUUCCGAGAUGCGUUUGCACGUUAGGGAGCCAAUGCCGUUUGACCUAGAGAUCACGAAAUGUGAUAUAUCAAUCGCCGAUCUCCGUUCUCCAUUAUUCAUCGGUUUAGCACAUGCAUUGCGCAAGCAUGAUUAUGCCUCGACUGGCGGCGCAAGAGUCAUCAUCUCUUAGGACACCGUCGUACGUAUGCACUGUCUCUAGGUUCACCCAGUCUCCGUCGAUUGUAGUCAGUCUUCCCAGUAAUUCCUACGCAUAAUAAUGGCGUUGAAGCGUAGCUACGAGGCUGCGAGGUUAGGCUGUGGACGACCUGGUUAAAUGCUAGAAUUAUCAGCCUUUGGCCUCUACGGCUCAUUAUCUUUUCUCACCGAUCCUCCCCCCCCCCCCC